GGGCUGUUAGUAAGAAGCUCCCAGGCACACAAAUACCCAUUUAAGGACAGAGCUGCUGAUACCCUCCCUUUCCCUCCCAUAGGCUUCCAGGCAUUGCUCCAACUGCACAGUAAGGGUAGCUCUCAGUUUGGCUCACUAGUAAGACCUGCAGGUUCCCAGUUCCCUGUGCGUUUCCCUGGGCAGGGAGGGAUACUACUUUGCCCCAUUGCAAAGCUCUGUUCAUGUUCAGGUCCUUCUAAAGAGAAUCAAACACUGUGGGACUUCUGCGGAGCCAACAAGGAGCCAUGGAAUUCAUGGGCUUGGGAGCCAGACGCUGCUGCUUCUUCCUUCUGAUGUUCGCUUCUCUCUCGGUGGCGAUCCGGGCAGACUGCACUAAGGACUGUGCUUCUUGCGCGCUGCAUCUGGGACAGCAAACUGAAAUCAAUUCCCUGGCUUGCACGUUAGAAUGUGAAGGGAAAUUGCCAUCAGCCAAAGCAUGGGGAACCUGCAAAGAGCUUUUACAACUGACCAAAGUGGACAGUGUUCAAGAUGGAGAAAAAUAUCAAGACAAUAAUGAUAGUCACUAUGCUGCCAAAAAGUAUGGAGGAUUUAUGAAAAGAUACGGUGGCUUCAUGAAGAAAAUGGAUGAGUUGUACCAUGCUGAACCUGAAGAAGAUGAUGCAGGUGGUGAGAUUCUGGCGAAGAAGUAUGGUGGAUUUAUGAAGAAAGAAUAUGAUAGCGAUCGUGAUGCAUCUGAUCUUCUUAGGGAGCUCUUAGCUACCAGCGGGGAUCCUGAAUCUGCAAUUUACCAUGACAACAACAGUGAAACACCAGGUGAAAUGAACAAAAGAUAUGGAGGCUUCAUGAGAGGUUACAGAAGAAGCACAGAUCUGGAAGACGAAACUAGGGGAAUUCAGAAAAGAUAUGGAGGCUUUAUGAGAAGAGUAGGUAGACCAGAAUGGUGGCAGGACUACCAAAAGCGAUAUGGCGGGUUCAUGAGGCGCUUUACUGAUUCCUUUCUUCCUUCAGAGGAGGAUGGAGAAAGUUAUUCCAAAGAAAACCCAGACAUGGAGAAAAGAUAUGGGGGAUUUAUGCGAUUUUAAAACCUUUCUCUUCCCCGUACCUUACUGAAAAGACUGCCUCAUUGACCAUAUAUUAUUGUAAUGUGUUGCCUGCACUGUACAGUUUUUUACUGUUCUAGUUCACAAUGCAGCUUGUAAUCUGUUUUACCAGGCUUUGUGUUCUUUAUACGUCAACCAAAAGAAAAAAAAACCUUUAUUUGCCUCACUUGAGUUUCUACUGUAGUAAUUAUGCUGAAACUAUUUUUGUUACUGUAUUCUUUCUUUUAAACAGAGCACAUCUACCAAUGCUUAUUGUAUAUAAAUAAAUGACUCAUUUUAUCUGCACAGUU